AUUUAAAUCCCCCAGGAGCUGCUCGUUAGAUGCGCUUGAGUUGGCAGUCUGGGGAAGCGCAAGAAGCAGAGGAAGAGAAGAAGCAGGACCGUGUAGAUCGAAAGGGUCCUGCACAUCCCCCUCCCACUGUCACAGGGGACAAGGUGUGUGUGAGAGAUAGAGGCUUGCAGAGCGCCGUCCGCACACUGACACUGUCAGCAGGCAGGCUUCAAGAUGGGCAACCGAGGGAUGGAAGAGCUGAUCCCGCUGGUCAACCGGCUCCAGGAUGCCUUUUCAGCCAUCGGACAGAAUGCCGACCUAGACCUGCCUCAGAUCGCCGUAGUUGGGGGUCAGAGCGCCGGGAAGAGCUCAGUGCUGGAGAAUUUUGUCGGCAGGGAUUUUCUUCCUCGCGGAUCUGGUAUUGUUACGCGUAGACCUCUUGUCCUUCAGCUGGUCAAUAGCCCUACAGAACAUGGGGAGUUUCUGCACUGCAAGGGAAAGAAGUUUACAGAUUUUGAAGAGAUCAGACUGGAAAUCGAGGCUGAAACUGAUCGGAUCACUGGAACAAACAAGGGCAUUUCUCCUGUGCCAAUAAACCUUCGUGUCUAUUCUCCAAAUGUGCUUAACCUGACUCUGGUUGAUCUUCCGGGUAUGACCAAAGUUCCAGUUGGUGACCAGCCUGUGGACAUUGAGUUUCAGAUCCGUGACAUGUUGAUGCAAUUUGUCACUAAGGAGAAUUGCCUCAUUCUAGCUGUGUCUCCAGCUAAUUCAGAUCUGGCAAACUCUGAUGCCUUGAAAAUUGCCAAAGAAGUGGAUCCUCACGGACUACGCACAAUUGGUGUCAUAACCAAACUUGACCUGAUGGAUGAAGGGACAGAUGCCAGAGAUGUCUUGGAAAAUAAGCUUUUACCCUUGCGGAGAGGUUAUAUUGGAGUUGUAAACAGAAGCCAGAAGGACAUCGAUGGUAAGAAAGAUAUCCAAGCAGCAUUGGCAGCUGAGAGGAAGUUUUUCUUGUCGCACCCUUCUUAUCGACAAUUCGCUGACCGCAUGGGGACUCCAUAUUUACAAAAAUCUCUCAAUCAGCAACUGACCAAUCAUAUUCGAGACACACUUCCAGGCCUGCGGAACAAGCUGCAAAGCCAGCUCUUGUCCAUUGAGAAGGAAGUGGAUGAGUACAAGAAUUUCCGUCCAGAUGAUCCAGCUCGUAAGACCAAGGCUCUGCUCCAAAUGGUGCAGCAGUUUGCUUUUGACUUUGAAAAACGUAUUGAAGGUUCUGGGGAUCAGAUUGACACUUACGAGCUGUCUGGUGGUGCACGGAUUAAUCGAAUCUUCCAUGAACGCUUCCCUUUUGAGCUGGUGAAGAUGGAGUUUGAUGAGAAGGAACUGCGAAGAGAGAUCAGCUAUGCUAUCAAGAACAUCCAUGGCAUCAGAACUGGGCUCUUCACACCUGACAUGGCCUUUGAAACCAUCGUCAAGAAGCAAGUGAAGAAGAUCAAAGAGCCGUGCGUGAAAUGUGUGGACAUGGUCAUUUCGGAGCUUAUCAGUACCGUUAGGCAAUGCACCAAGAAGCUCAGCCAGUAUCCCCACCUAAGGGAGGAGAUGGAACGGAUCGUCACCACACACAUUCGAGAACGAGAGGGGAGAACAAAAGACCAGGUUAUGCUGCUGAUUGAUAUAGAACUGGCUUACAUGAACACAAACCAUGAGGAUUUCAUUGGCUUUGCUAACGCCCAGCAAAGGAGCAGCCAAACGAGCAAGAAGAAAGCGUCUGGAAACCAGGAUGAGAUCCUGGUCAUCCGGAAGGGGUGGCUGACCAUUAACAACAUUGGUAUAAUGAAAGGAGGUUCAAAGGAAUAUUGGUUCGUCCUCACAGCAGAGAACCUGUCUUGGUACAAAGAUGAUGAGGAAAAAGAGAAGAAAUACAUGCUGCCCCUGGAUAACCUAAAACUAAGAGAUAUUGAAAAAGGAUUUAUGUCCAGCAAAUUCAUUUUUGCCCUGUUCAAUACUGAGCAAAGGAAUGUUUACAAGGAUUACCGUCAGCUGGAGCUGGCCUGCGAUACUCAGGAAGAAGUGGACAGUUGGAAGGCUUCUUUCUUACGUGCUGGUGUCUAUCCAGAGAGAGCUGGGGACCUGGAUAAAGCUAGUGAGUCUGAUGAGAAUGGAUCCGACAGCUUUAUGCAUUCAAUGGACCCUCAGUUGGAAAGGCAGGUGGAGACUAUCCGUAAUCUUGUGGAUUCCUACAUGGCUAUAGUCAACAAGACCAUCCGGGACCUGAUGCCUAAAACCAUAAUGCAUCUCAUGAUCAACAAUUCAAAGGAGUUCAUCCAUUCGGAGCUCCUUGCUAACUUGUACUCAUGCAGCGACCAGAAUACACUGAUGGAGGAAUCAAUGGAACAGGCACAGCAUAGAGACGAGAUGCUGCGCAUGUAUCAUGCCCUGAAAGAAGCCUUAAGUAUUAUCGGGGACAUUAACACGACGACCAGCAGCACCCCUAUGCCUCCACCUGUGGAUGAUUCCUGGCUACAGGUGCAGAACAUACCAGCAGGACGCAGGUCUCCCACAUCAAGCCCUACCCCGCAGAGGAGAGCACCGGCUGUACCCCCAGCCAGACCUGGCUCUCGAGGACCAGCUCCAGGACCACCACCACCUGGUGCCACUCUUGGUAAUGCACCACCAGUGCCCUCCAGGCCUGGGGCUUCCCCUGACCCAUUCGGUCCUCCUCCUCAGAUUCCCUCAAGACCUAACCGUGCCCCUCCUGGUGUCCCUAGGAAAUCGUGAAGGUGGCCACUUACUGUAGUCCCAUGAUGAAAGCAGCAGGAAGGCUCCCGCUUCACCUACACGACCCACCAUUAUCCGACCUGCCGACCCGACCCUCUUAGAUUAAUUAUUGGAGGCCUGGCUGCCGAAUACAGCUUUCUCCCUACCACCCUUCCUCCCAGCCCCCUACCAUACCUCUUCCAGGCAUGGUGAAAACGUCCCCUCUACUUCACUGUGUUGUAAACACUGGCUCAGUGUCACUAUGUAUUGUAUUGUACAGAUGUGUAGUAUCGUCCCUUGCCGCUCCAUAUUGUGAUGUUAAAACACCGGAAAUGUAUGGUCAAAUAUAUAUAUAUAUAGAUUUUAUUUUUCUUGCUUUUCCCAAAUGUCACUGCCCAUUAUUCCACCAGCUUCUGAAACUGAUUCACCUCAUUGUGUCUCAUGUUAUUUUGUUGUACACUUUUUGUUAAUUUUUUUUAAGGUUGUAAUUGAAAAUAGUUUAAUUAGCAGGCAAAAAGCUGGUAAAUAAAAAAGGAGCAUUUUGCACUCUUUAUUGCUGUUCAAAGUGUACCUGUCUCCUAUGCAAUGGAGGUGGUCUUUUUGUAGCCUAGCUCAGCCAUUUAAUGCAGCUACUAAGGCCUACUGGACUGCUAGGCCGUU